AUGACGGGACGAGAUUCGGACGCGUUUCAGCGCAACUCCAGCUUUGGAGAUACGGCGAUGCUCCCCGCUCCUGGUGCAGCCCCGGUGUCAAAUGGCCAGGGCAAGCGAAUCGCGCUUAUUGCGGCGGCAGUCCUUGUCGUUGCUGGAGGCGUCACUGCUGCGGUCGUGCUUACCAGCGGCAAGGGUAGCAAGGAUGCAUCCAACUCAUCUGGGGACAAAGCCACUGCAACCACUGUUCCUCCCAGUCAGAAUGUCACGGCCAGCGACUUGCUUGGCACGACCAACCCUCCUGGUGUGACUACAACACCUGCUCCGACCCCUGCAUCCGAUCCUGAAGCAGGCGUUCCUGCGCUCACCAUGCUUGCCAUCGGUGAUUGGGGUAGUACCACCGGCAAGAAGUCGGGCAGCUCCCUCGACACUGCUGGCGACCCCGGUUCUUGCUGCAAGACUUAUGGUGGCAGUGGUGCGAACGCUAACAAGGUCAACCCUUCCAAGGCCCGCAUCAAGGUGGACUACUGGGCCCAGUUGUACGUGUCCACGAUUCUCGCCCAGUCGGCGGGCCAACUCAAGCCGAAGCCGGCCCGAGUGAUCGGCCACGGCGACAACAUCUACUGGGAUGGUGCAGGCCCUGGCGAUAUCAAGUACCGGAUGGAAGAAACGUUCGAGAAGAAGUAUGCUCAGCCAGCGCUGCAGGGUAUCAAGUGGGUGAACGUAGCCGGGAACCACGACAUUGGCGGGUCGGAGUUUAUCUGCGGCGAAAAGGACUACAACUUUGUCAAGUGCAAAGACACAGCCGAGAUGCUCAAGUAUUUGGACCUCAAGUUUGACCUGCAGGCCCAGUACAAGAGCCCAAACCAAGACCGAUGGCUGAUGAAGGACCACUACUACGUCGAGUCGGUCAAGAGCGACGACGGCAGCGUCACCGUUGACAUCUUCAACUUGGACACGAACCACGCCGAUUCGCACGGGCUACAGCAAGGUGUGAAAUGCAAAGCGUCCAACGACUUGCCACUCGGGGCACCCAUCAUGCCCGACAAUGUAUAA